AUCUGUAGAAAUGUCUUCUUUCAAAAUGAUCAAAGAAAAAUUGGAAAUAAUGCCUUCCAAGCAAACCGUUGAAGAAUUUGAACCCUACUGCAAAUGGCAAAAAGACGGAAGGGACACUAUUCUUCAUGUGUAUCUCAAUGGUUUCAAGAAGGAGCUACUCGAGUUUGAUGACCCCAAACGUAAAUUGACAGUUAGCGGUUACCGUAUUUUGGAUCAGUAUACAAUUCAAAACUUCACGAGAACUUUUGAAGGUCCAAAAAAUUGCGAAGUAGAUGAGAAUAAACUAAAGUUUACUGGAGGUAUUCUUUCUAUAACCUUCCCUGAGAAGGAUUCAACGUCCAAGGGUGCAAUUACAUCCAUAACAGAAUGGUGUUUCAAUGAAAAGAUUUGGAAAUAUGUAGAGAGAAUUGGUAUGGUGGGCGUUGCAGCAUGUGUGUUGAUCAAUUGUUGUCUGUGCUGUAGUGCUUAAAAGAAGCUGAAACUUGAAAAUUAAAUAUAUGUUGAAAAUUAUAAUGUUGUAUAUGGAAAUAAACGUGAGGUUUAGUUGA